GCUUGUGUGUGUAAAUGUGCACGUACGCAAGCCUUUCUCGACCCAGAAACCCUCAAAAGGAAAAUCCCAACCCCCCUCAACAGUCCUCCACGCCCAACCAUUAAUGUCAAACCCACGCGCCGCCCCCGGCGACGGAGAUGCAAAGGAAAAAGCAAUCGCUAAGACCGUCGGAUUCGUGGUCUUCUCCGGCAUCGCCAUUAGCAUUCUCAAAGCACUAAACCCUCUCAACAGAACCAGAAAUGAAACUCGGACUAAUAACCAAUCACUCAGCGAGUCAACUCAGACGAUUCGACCAGCUCCGCCUCUCUCUCCCCAAGAACCCAUUACUAAGAAACCAAUUAUGUUGAAGGACCAAAAUGUGCCAGAAGUCCCUGAAUUGCCGCCGCAGAGAACAAUAGUGAUUGUUAAAGGAGAUACUCUUUGGGGUCUCUCUAGAAAAUAUGGGGUAUCUAUAAAUACAAUUAAAGAGGCAAAUGGGCUUUCAGGCGACAGCAUAUAUGCAGGCAAGAAGAUUAUUAUUCCUUGAUGUGAUCUUCUGCUGUUUGUAUGGUAUGAGGAUUUUGAAUGCGUAUUAACUAUUAACUAUUAAGAAAGAAUAGAGCAGCAGUUGUAGUUUUAUGGAUUCCCCUAAUUCAAAUGAUGCAGUUGAUCAUAUAACUGUUUUGCGAUUACUUUGAUUACUGUUUUUAUCUCUAAGUAAAUGUAUUAUCAAAAGAUAAAUGUUAUUUAGUAGAUUGUUAUACAACUAUCACACAAUUAGAAUGAUAUAUCAGUAAAAAUUAGCUCUUGAUUA